AUGGCGUCAGAUGAUCACUUUAGCAUCGCCGUGCCUCGCCAACCGUUCUCAUAUCCACCGGCUUUUCAACAUGCCGGCUUAUUCACUAACCCGAGAAAAUGGUCUUGGUGGCACUUGCUAACGGUUGCCAUUGCAUUGCUUGCAUUAGCAGAAGCUUUCUUUGUCCUUAUUGCGAAUGCCCGUCUUCAAGCUAAACUAUCGCCGAUCCGCGUGGAUUUGCGGGAAUAUCCGAGCAUUCAAUAUCAUCCGCUGGACACCAAAAAGCCGCUGAAUUUACCAAAAAAUACUCGUGUCUACCAUGUGGCUAAAGAAUUCGGACCUGCCAGUAUGGGUGGCAUGGGAAUGAUUCUCACUGCCAUCACUACCGCCCAGCAACAGACAGGCCUAGUUCAGGUCUCGGUGGUGCUUCCCUAUUACUCCUUUUUGAAAAGUGAUCAUAUCGAAUUCGUCGUCAACCUCGCCGUAGAUGUCCGUGAAGGAUGGUCACAGCGACCCGUUUCUGUUCCGUUCCAAGUCUCUCGUCUCGAGUUUUUAGUCGACAACGUACCAAUACCGGUGUACUUGAUUGGGCCCGCGCAACGUCAUUCACCCUUUGAUCUGGCAUUUCAGGCCUCAGAUGCACUACAAAUAUAUUACUCACCCAAGGGACUACCACAAGAAUGGAAAGAUCUAUAUUUCGUCAAAGCAGCCGCUGCUUUUCUUCUGCAUCAGGCUUCUGCUAAAUCCGGCGAGACAGAUUCAGGCGUUGAUCUGGUUCAUCUCCAUGGUGCUACCAAUGCCUACAUAGCCUAUUGGCUUACCCAUCGCUCCAAUCCACGCCACACUCGUUCACCGGCCAUUGUAUAUACUCUGCACGACUAUCUGGAUGAAUUGGAAUACAGCAAUACGAUCCCCAAUGUACACAAAUUCUUGGACAACACCAAUGAUACCAAUUUACAGCGUUACAUGCAUCAAGGGCGCUUAUUCAUGUCCAGUUUGGCUAUUGAUCAAGCGAAUGUGGCGACAUUUGUAAGCCGCGCGAUGGCACAAGACUUGGUGGAGGACAAACUCGAUUUCCAUUACAAAGACUUGGUCAUGGAUAGCAUUUUACGAAAAACGGAACAAGGUCGCUUUUUUGGUGUGACCAAUGGUGUCGAUCCGGGUUUGCUGAAUCCCUUUAUCAACUCUCAGCUCACCCUCUAUAAUUUCCAAUAUCCUGCGUUUGCACGACGGUUACUGGAUCAACAUGUGUUCCAACAACAUCCUGACGCUUUGUCUUCCGAAUCAGAUAUACCAAUCAGUUGGUCUUUGUCUUCCAACGCGGAAGAUUUGGUUUCAACAGCCAAAAAGCGAGCCAAAGAGUGGUUGAUUGGCAAGGACAUGUUGAAAGAACAGGAUCUCGAUCGACCCGUGGUAUUAUACGUUGGCCGGUUUCAGUAUAACAAAGGACUGGAGAUCUUUGACGAAGCUUGCCAAUAUUUCGCGCGUUUUAACAUGAUGUUUGUGAUCAUCGGCCAACCUAACAAUUAUCCCUUGCAGUGGGUUAAAGCAUUGGAAGAUCGGUACCCUAAGCAUGUCAAGGUCAUGUCGACGCUUGAAGAGCAACUGGAAUGGCUGGUCUAUUACCGUGCAGCCGCCGACUUUGUCUUUGUGCCAAGCUUGACGGAAAGUUUCGGUCUCGUCGCCGUCGAAGGCUUACUGUUUGGCGCGCCUGUCAUCAGUACAGGCGUAGGUGGUUUAGGUGAAUUCCUCAUCGAUCGUCCAUCCCAGCGCUCUGCUGAUCUCGUUACUGUCCAACCAACUGCUUCAGGUGCUACUGUCGUCGGUCACGCAAAAUACAAUGCGUAUAUAUUUCAACCCUCCACCCUCGAAGCAAGUAUUGCUGACGCUCACCAAGACUAUCAACGGUAUCGUGGUGAUUGCUAUCUUCACGAAGAAUCUAUUCUGCGCAUGAUGUUAAAUGCCUUUUCCCUUGGCUGGUCCCGAUCAGGUCAACAAGGCCCGGUGUAUGACUAUUUGCGUCUGUACGAGCUGGCAAUAUCGGAUCAUGCUUCGAAAACAUAA